GAGCGCUCCGGUCCGCGCGCGCGCCCCAUAUUAAUAUGUUGAAGCUAGGUCGCUGUCUUUUCAGCACCAUGGACUGUGUGGAGAGAAACCUUUCCUAGCACCAACAACCUGCAACAACUUCGUGACCAGAAUCAAUUCUACACCUUUUACCAGGAUAGUAACUUUCUUUCGGAAAAAUUAGAAUUGCCUUGAUAUUACUUUAUUUAGGUUUGGAGAGGGAAAACGGAUUGCUCUAUGACAUUUGCGACUAGGGUAUUUAUCAUUAUGUGGUUGGAUGGCUUAUGAUAGUAUUUGAUUGCAGCUCUCAAACAAUUAAUCUAAAUGGUUUUGAAGUUCUGUUGACUUCAGUAAAUGAUCUCGUGUCAGUUCCGAAGUCCAGAACUAUGUCUACCAUCUGAUUUAUAUUAUUGUGCGUUUUGGUGUUGAAGACAAGCGUUUAUCCCAGGCUAUUUAACCUAUCGGCGUGACUCAACGAAGAACGUUCAUUUCGUGAGGAGGAGUUUUCCAAAUUUACAAGGAAUCUGUGCUCGUAUCCGGCAUGCUGGCUUUCUUAGUUGGACUUUUAUACCUAGUGAGUGGACGCACGGUGCGCGCCCAGGAUGCGACAGGUAGCCGCUUCUUCUGCUCCGCCAUCCCGGCGGGCGCCGACCCAAGCUGCUCGUUCGACCCCAACGGUAACCGCGUGCAGAGCACCAGCCCCGUGGAGGACGAGCUACGGAACACCAUCCUCCAACUCCGGGAGAACAUCCUCCAGCAGAAGGAGACUAUCGUGAGUCAGCAGGGCACUAUCAAGGAGCUGAACUCCAAACUGGCCCGCUGCGAGGCGGCCGCGGAGGACUCUGCGAGCAGGUCCAGGGGCCAGAGCUCCAGGCGGAAGGACUACAGUAAGAACACAAUGGGAGACCUUCCCAGGGACCCCACCGAAACUAUAGACCAGCUGGGAAAGACCAUGCAGGGGCUCAAGGGUCGGUUGGAGAAUCUGGAGCAGCAGCAGUUGCGUGCCAACACGUCAGCAGCAGCAGCAGCAGGUGCGGGUGGGAAUGCAGUGGGGCCCCUACCGGCGGAGCUGCGGGAGCUGCUGAAGCACCGUUUGGGGGCCCUAGAGGGCCAGCUUCUGAGGAAGGUGGCCGAGCUGGAGGAAGAGAAGAGCCAGCUGUACAACGAGACGGCUGCCCACCGUCAUCGUACCGAGAGCACCCUCACCUCACUGCUGGAAAGGAUCACAGAGCUGGAGAGAAGUAACAACGCAUUUAAGUCCCCAGAGGAUUUCAAGGUGUCUCUCCCCCUACGCACCAACUACCUAUACGGACGCAUCAAGAAGAGUCUCCCUGAGAUGUAUGCCUUCACAGUGUGUAUGUGGCUGAAGUCCAGCGCCAGCCCUGGUAUAGGAACCCCCUUCUCCUACGGGGUGCCAGGACAGGCCAAUGAGAUCGUGCUCAUCGAGUGGGGCAACAACCCCAUAGAGCUGUUGGUCAACGACAAAGUGGCCCAGUUGCCCCUGUCGGUGAGCGACGGCCGCUGGCACCACAUAUGCAUCACCUGGACGACGCGGGACGGCUUCUGGGAGGCGUACCAGGACGGGGAGAGGCUGGGCACCGGGGAGAACCUGGCCCCCUGGCACCCAAUUAAACCUGGAGGGGUGAUCAUCCUGGGACAGGAACAGGACAUGGUGGGGGGUCGUUUCGACGCCACCCAGGCCUUCGUUGGCGAGCUGAGCCAGUUCAACAUGUGGGACCGGGUCCUCCGGCCUGUGGACAUCAUGGGAAUGGCCAACUGCUCCUCCUACAUGCCCGGGAACAUUGUUCCAUGGAUCGACACCAACGUCGAAGUCAUGGGAGGAGCAUCCAAGGCGGCGUUGGAGAUCUGCGAGGACCGUAUGUUCGAACCGUAAAGGAGUUGGAUGUGUAACGUUGUUAUGACACUGGGUUCCGAAGGUUCCGGAGGCUUGAGAGGUGGUUCUGGUUCCGCGCUCCCUGUGCUGCUUCAGAAACACCCCUCAAGGAGGAAAAAGGGCUCAACGGGUAUUGCCUUUGUUUACAGACCUAGAUCUAGUAAAUGGGUCAACUUCUUGUUUUCCCAAUGUGUUUUGCUGUGAUUUUCCAUGCUUUAGCACAUGGCUCACCAGUUCAUGCCCAUUCCAACGUGAUUCUAACUAGAGGAUUUUACAGAGAACCCACUUGAGAUUGAGGACUCUAUGCUCCGUAUUCUGUCUUUUACUCCUUUAGCUAGAGAUCCUUUUGACUGAGUCAUGUUUGAACACAGCUCCUCUCUAAGGCAUUUCAAAUGGAUAAUCAAGCACUGUACUGUACUCAGUGAAUGUGAGCUAAUAUAUAACCCAUAGAAGCUUUUAUUGUGUUGUGUGGACAGCUAUUUCUGAGUUGCAUGGCAAACUUCUCCGGUACGUUAUGUGAGCUUGUGUUCCUUUGCAGUAAAAAGAACCCCCAUGUUCCAGGGAGGGAUAUUGAUGAGUAUAGAAUAUUAAGGCAACUGUGGAAUAGACCAUUGACUUCAUGUGGAGUCAUUUUAAACGUGUGCAUGUGUUUCGACUUGUCACUGAGAGUAUUGAGUGCCAAAGUUAAUGCAUGCGUACUGUAUGUGUGUAUAUGUGUGUGCAUAUGUACAUGCACAGGUGGGUGUGUUUACUGUAAUAACAGUUUGUGUGUGUGUGGGUGUGUGCACGCUCUCGUUGUGUAAAAGGCCCUAGAGAUUAGUGACGAGGACAUUCACAUUCUUGUAAAUCUAUUCUAAUACCUCUCCUCCCCUUGAGCAGCUGCCAUCCCAAGCAGCUUUGUGCAGCGGCCGGCCCAGGCAGGUUAAAAGCAAAGUCGGAAAGCUGCCGAGGACUGGCGGGAAGCCGGGAAUUCAGCGCUCUGUGUGCCACACUGGGGGAGCAGUGGGUUGGAAUGGGAAGCCAGGGACUGGAUGACCUUCAAGGAAGGAUUUUAUCCAUAAUCUGUGAUAGUAAAUAUCAUGUUUGUCAAAUGAAUGAGAAGAUGAAUGUGAGCUAUUUUACUAUCCCGUUGCAUUGUAUAAUAUAGAGGCAUUUUUCUAUAAGCCAGAGAGACGCUAUGAAAAUGAAGACUGUGAAACUAAAGAUGAGGAGAGAUCUGAAUGUUUCUGGUUGGAACAAAACAAAAAGCACUGGAACACAUUGCUAUUUUUCUGUUUAUAGAAAAUGUCUUUAAUUUCCUUAGAGAUCAGAAAAAAGAACCACGUUCUGAAUGAA